AUGGACUGGUCAGAUGAGGACAGCAUUAGUCUCAGACAUCUGAGCAGACCCCGCCCCCGUUCAGCGUUCAGAGCUUGUGUUGGCCGGAAGAUCGCAGGCGAGCUUCUGUGCCUCCAUGGCCGGCCCAGCCCCUUGGGUCCCCGGCCUGCCUCUACCCAGGAUGGCCCUGUGGUCCCCGCCGUCUGUGAAUCCGGGGGUCGCUCCGCCGGGGGUCCGGCACUUGGUAGGGGGUCUUUGGGGGAAGGCCUCAGAGGCCUCUGCCUGUGCCGGAGGCCGGGCAGAGCCCCAGGGCGGUGCGAUGACUCCGCCAAGGUCACCCAGCCGGUGCUGACCCGGCCCGAGCGGCCUGGCUCCGGGCGCCGGCUGGGGGGCAGCCUGCGGGUGGCUGUUCUCGGCGCCCCGGGAGUGGGCAAGACGGCCAUCAUCCGCCAGUUCCUGUUCGGUGACUACCCUGAGCGCCACCGGCCCACGGACGGUCCCUGCCUCUACCGGCCCGCGGUGCUGCUCGACGGCGCGGUCUACGACCUGAGCAUCCGGGACGGGGACGCGGCUGGCCCCGGCCCGAGCCCCGGAGGUCAUGAGGAGUGGCCGGACCCUAAGGACUGGAGCCUGCAGGACACGGACGCUUUUGUGCUGGUCUACGACAUCUGCAGCCCGGACAGCUUCGAUUACGUGAAGGCCCUGCGGCAGCGCAUCGCGGAGAACAGGCCGGCGGGCGCUCCCGAGGCUCCCAUCCUGGUGGUUGGCAACAAGCGGGACCGGCAGCGCCUGCGCUUCGGACCCCGGCGUGCGCUGGCCGCCCUGGUGCGCCGGGGAUGGCGCUGCGGCUACCUCGAGUGCUCGGCCAAGUACAACUGGCACGUGCUGCGUCUCUUCCGUGAGCUCCUGCGCUGCGCUCUGGUGCGUGCCCGCCCCGCGCACCCGGCCCUGCGCCUGCAGGGGGCGCUGCACCCGGCGCGCUGCAGCCUCAUGUGAGCGGACAGCGCGAUCUCCUCCCCGAUUGGACAACCGGAGUUCCCGCCCCGUCUCCUAGGCAACAGGCUUCUCUUUGAACUUCAUUGGACCCAGCCAGACCCACGCCCCAUUGGAUAAGAUCAGUCUUUUCUGGGACUUCAUUGGGUCGCUGCCCCACUGAUUAAAGACUCGACUAUGAAUGUGAUUAGAAGCACUCAGACUGCUCCUGGAGCUUCUUUGGACGCUCUUUUUAAGCCACGCCUCUCACGAGGUAAUAAAAAACAA